CGCGGCCGCCCAGGUCGCCCGGAGCAUGGAGCCCGCCGCGGCCCGCAGCAAGGUCCCGGCCUUCCUGUCGGACCUGGGGAAGGCCACGCUGCGGGGCAUACGGAAGUGCCCCCGCUGCGGCACCUACAACGGCACCCGGGGGCUGAGCUGCAAGAACAAGACGUGCGGGACCGUCUUCCGCUACGGCGCCCGCAAGCAGCCCGGCGUCGACGCCGUCAAGAUCGUCACCGGCUCCGAUCUGCAGCUCUACUCCGUCCGGCAGAGAGAGCGGGGGCCCGACUAUCGGUGCUUCGUGGAGCUCGGCGUUUCGGAGACGGCCAUCCAGACGGCGGAGGGCACGAUCAUCACGCGGCUCAGCUCCGGCCGCUGCUACGUCCAGUCGUGCCUCAAGGCGGCCGCGCAAGGCGUGGUGGAAAACCAGUGCCAGCACGUCAAGCUGGCCCUGAACUGUCAGACCGAGGCCACCCCGCUGACCCUGAAGAGCUCGGUGCUCAGCUCCGUGCAGGCCUCCCCCGAGACGAAGCAAACUAUAUGGCAGCUGGCGACGGAGCCCACGGGGCCCCUGGUGCAGCGCAUCACCAAGAGCGUGCUGGUGGUGAAGUGCAAGGCCAGCCAGAAGCACAGCCUCGGCUACCUGCACGCCUCCUUCGCCCAGAAGGUGAGCGCGAAGAGCCUGGCGGAGCACCGCUUCUUCUGCUCCUGCCAGGCCCUGAAGGCGGGCAAGGCCGGCUCGGCCAAGGAGGAGGUGGCGGCGCAGAGGUGCAUUCACUUCUUUGCCUGCAUCUGCGCCUUUGCCAGCGACGAGGCCCUGGCUCAGGAGUUUGCCGAGUUCCUGAGCUACGACGCGGGCGGUCUGAAAGGCAUCAUCGUGCCGCAGCUAGUCUGCAGCCCCGAAUCGACAGCGCCUGCUGGCGAGACUGCUGCUUCCAAGCCCAAAAAGAGGAAAAAGGACAUAGCAUCUGGGACGCAGGUGAACAGCCCUCUCCUGGCUCAAGAUGCAGCUAACAGCAGCCUGAGGAAAAGCAGCCUGAAAAAGCCGGCCGUUGCUUCGUCGCUGAAAAGGCAAGGCUGUAAUCAGCUGCUGGAUGAGUCACAGGUGACCCUGUCCUUCCAAGAAUGGCUGGCCAGCGUCACUGAACGUAUCCAUCAAACCAUGCAUUACCAAUUUGAGGGCAAGCCAGAGCCACUGGUAUUCCACAUCCCGCAAGCUUUCUUUGACGCGCUGCAGCAGAGGAUUUCCAUUGGAAGCGCGAAGAAGAGGCUGCCCAACUCCACGACAGCUUUUGUCCGCAAAGAUGCCCUUCCACUGGGGACUUUCUCCAAGUACACCUGGCAUAUCACCAACAUCCUGCAGGUCAAGCAGAUCUUUGAUACCCCCGAGAUGCCGCUGGAAAUCACUCGCAGCUUCAUCCAGAACCGGGAUGGGACGUACGAGCUGUUCAGGUGCCCCAAGGUGGAAGUGGAGAGCAUUGCCGAGACGUACGGGCGCCUGGAGAAGCAGCCGGCGAUCCGGCCCUUGGAGCUCAAGACCUUCCUGAAAGUGGGCAACACCUCCCCCACCCAGAAGGAGCCCACUCCCUUCAUCAUCGAGUGGAUCCCCGACAUCCUACCUCAGUCCCGCAUCGGAGAGCUGCGCAUCAAGUUCGAGUACGGCCACCACGGGAGCAGGCACCCCGCUGCCUUCCCGGACCAGCAGCCGCCCCUGGAGCAGACGCUGGAGCUCACCCCGCUCACCACCAUUACCUUCCCCUGAGCCGGCCCCCACCGCGCUCACGCAGCCCCACAGCACCCCAGGGUGCUGUCAGAGCACUGCGGGUGGAAGGUGUCGCACCACAGCAAGCGCGCAGCCCGCUGCUGCUGCAGGAGGGGCGGCUGUGCAGCAAGAGCCCCUGGGCUGGCCGGGGCAGAGCCUGCACCCCCAGCGCAGGGCACCCGGCUGGAGACGGAGCCGGGCAGCAGGGCUGAGCCCCGAGUUCGGGGCUCUCAGCACCCCUGGGCAGGCGGGGGGCACGGGCCGGAGCCAGGCCAGCGGCGGGAGGCUGCUCAGGGCUGGGUCCGGCCAGGCUGCAGCGUCUCCCGGGUGGCAGCACCCCCUGCACCAGCACCCCGCAGCCCCACGUGCUUUGCCUUACUUCCGCUUGGGAUUGGCUCCUGCCGCACCUUCAUCCCCAGCAGCAGAGCCGCAGGACGGAGACCCCGAGCCUCCGUGGGCCGAGGCAGCCGGCCAUGGGAGCUGCUGGGGAAGCAACAUGAUGCUGGUUAGACCGAGCC